ACUUUUAUUUUGAAAAGCGUUAGCAAGCCAACCGGACUAUCCGUGAUCUCCUCCACUUCAGCACUCAUCACUUUUAAACACUUUAUUCAUUCACAUCCGAAGCUUUAAUCAUGAUGCAGUUCAUCCUCGGCUUCACUUUGGGGAAUGUGUUUGGGAUUUACCUCGCACAGAACUAUGAGGUUCCAAACAUCGCAAAGAAAAUCGAGGCCUUCAAGAAAGAUGUGGAAGCGAAGAAAAAACCUCCGGAGUGAAACCGAUGCCGAUGAAUCCCGGAUCUAUUUAUUAUGAAAAAUAGACGCAGACGAUAUCGAAGAAAUCUUUUGUUGAAAUAAAAAUCAUUUUAGAUCGCAUGAGUGUUAAAGAAGCCCAAAUUUUCAAUCAGCAGUGCCUAAAACUAUUUCUUUUUAAAAUUCUAUACUUGUAUUUACUAUUGUUUGUUAGAGUGCUGAAUGUAAUUUGGAUAUUUGUUACAUUAUGGAUCUGUUCAACAUCAGUUCAGUCUCUGAUACUGAGACUGUAUAAAGAAAGUGCAAUUGUGCUUUAUAAACCUACUGCAAGGCUUAAAGUUUUUUUUUUUAUUUUUAUUAACGCUAGAAGUUCAAUAUUUUGACCUUAAAGGUUUUACACAAAGACUGAGCCUGAACUGAUCCUGUAGUUCAUUAGCUUUAUAAAAUAUUUUAUUAAGCACUUAUGGUAAGAUUGAGUAAAUAAACAGUAUUAGUAAGAUUAGCACGAAUUCAUACAAACUGGACAAUGUAAUCGAUGUGUGAUCAUUUAAGAAUAAAAAUGCCAGUUCAGGGAAUUAA